AUGAUAACAACAUAUGUCACAUCGCUGAAAGUCGCUUUCAACCCUUUUUUAGCAACAUCAAAGGUGCCCAGAUUGUUCCUGACUCUUCUCCCGCCGGAAGCACACAAGACCAUCAAGAUCACCACUGCACAAUUCCCGCGUACGUCAACGGCGUCAGCGCUCUUGGAAUUAGGAUUCAAGGAUGGAAAGACAAUGAAGUACACCUGGGAAAUUGAGUCUUCAUCCGCAGAGGACAAGACUACAAAGACGAAAAAAGUGGGCUUGAACGAUAUCGUAGAGGAGGUGAAUAGGCACGCAAGAGGAUUGGCUAGGAAGGAGGAGCUGACCGGUUGA